AUGCGCGGCAAGGGCAGGAAAGAGAGCCUCUCUGACUCCCGGGACCUCGACGGCUCCUACGACCAGCUGACGGGCAACCCACCUGGCCAUGCUAAAAAAGCCCUGAAGCAGCGGUUCCUCAAGCUGCUACCCUGCUGCCGCCAGCCCAAAUCCAUCCCCUCACUCAGUGAAAACAGUGUAGAGGAUGAAUUUGAGCUCUCCACUGUGUGUCACCGGCCCGAGGGCCUGGACCAGCUGCAGGAGCAAACCAAGUUCACCCGCAAGGAACUGCAGGUCUUGUACAGGGGCUUCAAAAAUGAGUGCCCUAGUGGCAUUGUUAAUGAAGAGAGCUUCAAGCAGAUCUACUCACAGUUCUUCCCACAGGGAGAUUCCAGUACAUAUGCAACUUUUCUUUUCAACGCAUUUGACACUGACCAUGACGGCUCUGUCAGUUUUGAGGAUUUUGUGGCUGGCUUGUCCAUUAUACUACGUGGCACUAUAGAUGAUCGGCUUAAUUGGGCUUUCAACCUCUAUGACCUGAACAAAGAUGGCUGCAUUACCAAAGAGGAAAUGUUGGACAUAAUGAAAUCAAUUUAUGACAUGAUGGGCAAAUACACAUAUCCGGCCAUGAGAGAAGAGGCACCACAGGAGCAUGUGGAAAGUUUCUUCCAGAAAAUGGAUCGGAACAAGGAUGGUGUUGUUACCAUUGAGGAAUUCAUUGAGUCCUGCCAGAAGGAUGAAAACAUCAUGAGUUCCAUGAAGCUCUUUGACAACGUGAUCUAGUUGGGCAGUUCCAGA